AUGCCCGUGGUGAAUGUCGAAGAUCUGGUGCGCCUCCAGCGGAAGCCGGAAGACAUUCGAAAUAUCUGCAUUCUAGCCCACGUUGACCACGGCAAAACGUCAUUAACGGAUAGCCUGAUAGCCACCAAUGGCAUCAUCUCACCCAAGCUGGCGGGCAAGAUACGCUACCUGGACUCCCGACCAGAUGAGCAGCUCCGCGGUAUUACUAUGGAGUCGUCUGCCAUCUCACUAUUCUUCUCCAUGCUUCGGCGCCCUGCCCCAGAAGUCGCACCGGUCCAAAAAGAGUACCUGAUCAAUUUGAUCGACUCGCCUGGCCACAUCGACUUCAGCAGUGAGGUAUCCACUGCGUCUCGUCUUUGCGAUGGCGCAGUCGUACUAGUCGAUGCCGUGGAAGGUGUCUGCAGUCAGACCGUGACGGUGCUCCGUCAAACUUGGGUCGAGCAGCUCAAGCCCAUUCUAUGCAUCAACAAGAUGGACCGCCUUGUCACCGAGCUCAUGAUGAGCCCGAGUGAGGCUUACGCGCAUCUGAGCAGGCUAUUGGAGCAGGUAAAUGCCGUCAUCGGUAGCUUCUAUCAAGGUGAGCGGAUGGAAGAAGAUCUACAGUGGCGCGAACGUAUGGAAGAUCGACUCAAUGCCAAGGACAAGUCGAAAAAGCAGACUCAGGAAGAUGAAGCUGCUGGGAGCAUAACUGAUGUCGCUGACUUUGAGGAGCGAGAUGAUGAAGACCUCUAUUUCGCACCAGAGAAGAAUAAUGUCAUCUUUUGCAGCGCGGUGGAUGGAUGGGCUUUCACUAUCAGGCAGUUCGCGGCCAUCUACGAAAAGAAGCUCGGUAUCAAGCGCGCUGUCUUGGAGAAAGUGCUAUGGGGAGACUUCUACCUUGACCCAAAAACAAAGAGAGUGCUGGGUCAAAAGCACUUGAAGGGCAGAGCACUGAAGCCAAUGUUCGUGCAACUAGUCCUAGACAGCAUUUGGGCUGCCUAUGAAGCAACCACUGGCGGCGGUAAAGGCAAAGGAGAUCCCGUCCUUCUGGAGAAAAUCACGAAGUCGUUGAACAUCACCAUCCCACCUUAUGUUCUCCGCUCACGAGAUUCACGAAACAUCAUGUUGACACUCUUCUCGGCCUGGCUUCCUCUAUCAACAGCUGUUCUCGUCUCAGUGAUCGAGUACCUCCCAAGUCCCAAGUCUGCGCAAGCUACCCGACUCCCAGAGAUGAUCGAAUCGUCUCCCGGCUCAGACAAAAUUGCGCCAGAAGUGAAAGACGCCAUGAUUAACUUCAAGACCGGACCUAAUGAGCCAGUUGUCGCAUACGUGAGUAAAAUGGUCGCGAUUCCAGAAAGUGAAUUGUCAUCCAGCAAAAAACGCGGUGGAAAUACAAUGACCGCCGAUGAGGCCAGAGAAAUAGCCAGGCGCAAGCGAGAAGAGAUUGCAAAAAUGCAGGCAGAGACCAAUCCCGGCCAAACAGACGAUUUCGCCCGAAUGACCUCCGCGUUUGAAAACACCUCCCUAAUCACCGAGGCAGAUGAGCCUGCAGAGCCCGAAGAGAAGGAGGACCCAGAGCGCUUGAUUGGAUUCGCCCGUCUUUAUUCCGGUACCCUGAAUGUUGGAGACGAGAUCUAUGUCUUGCCGCCCAAGUUCUCGCCUGCAAGCCCCCAUGCCAACCCAGAGCCCAAGAAGGUCACCGUCACAGACCUGUACCUCAUGAUGGGCCGAAGUCUUGAGCCUCUCCAAUCUGUUCCAGCUGGUGUUGUAUUCGGUAUCGGUGGGUUGGCAGGCUACGUCCUAAAAACUGGAACGCUUUGCAGCCAGCUUGAGGGCAGCGUCAACUUAGCAGGCGUUACACUCAACGCUACGCCAAUCGUGCGUGUAGCAUUGGAGCCAGUCAACCCAGCCGAUCUCGGAAAAAUGGUCACCGGUCUACGUCUUCUGGAACAGAGCGAUCCAUGUGCCCAAUAUGAGGUGCUCCCCAGUGGUGAACAUGUCAUUCUCACUGCAGGUGAGCUACACCUGGAGCGCUGCGUCAAGGAUCUACGAGAACGAUUCGCCAAAUGUGAUUUCCAAACUGGUGAAGCUAUCGUGCCCUACCGCGAGACGAUUGUCAGCGCCCCCGAGAUGGCGCCGCCAAAGAAACCUGAGUUAGGCCGUGGAUGCGUCGAGGCGGUAUCUGCAUCCAAGCAAAUGACGCUGCGAUUGCGCGUGGUUCCAUUGCCGGGGCCCGUGACAGAGUUUCUGACGAAACAGAGUGGUACCAUCAAGCGACUACAUUCAGAGAAGCGGAAGGCGGCCGAAGCAACGUCCGAAGCAGAUAAUGGCCAGGCUGCCGAGACGGCAGAUGCGGAUGCUGCGGGAGAAGCAAAUGAAGGUACUAUUCUUUCCCUGAAAGAGUUCCGCGAGGAGCUAGGGAAGGUGUUCAGUCAGAACGUUAAGGAGGAUAAGGAGUUAUGGAAGGAUGUCGUUGAUCGUAUCACUGCCUUCGGUCCUCGACGAGUCGGCCCUAACAUACUCGUUGACGGCACUGCGGUAAACACUUGCGAUAAAUUCCUUCUGGAUGACCAGAAACACCACAUCCACAGUGCAUCUGAUGAUAAUCGACAGGCACUGUUGGUGCGCGACUUCUGCGACAAGAUCGCAUAUGCCUUCCAGAUGGCCACCAGCCAAGGCCCUCUAUGCCACGAGCCCUUGCAAGGCACAGCUGUGUUCCUCGAGGACAUAUCUGUCCAAGCUUCCAACGACGAGGUGGAUAUGGGCCGCCUGACAGGUGAAGCGAUCAAGCUAGUACGUGAUGGCAUUUCGCAAGGAUUUCUAGACUGGAGCCCACGGAUUAUGCUUGCGAUGUACAGCUGUGAGAUCCAAGCAACAACCGAGGUCCUUGGCCGAGUCUACGGUGUCAUUACCCGCCGCCGCGGCCGCAUUCAAUCCGAGGUAAUGAAAGAAGGAACCCCCUUCUUCACCAUCCUGGCUUUGCUCCCGGUAGCCGAGUCUUUCGGGUUCGCGGAAGAGAUCCGCAAGCGUACCUCCGGCGCUGCGCAGCCGCAGCUCAUCUUUGCUGGAUUUGAAGCCCUGGAUGAAGAUCCCUUCUGGGUUCCUGCUACGGAGGAGGAGCUGGAAGACCUUGGUGAGCUUGCGGAUAAGGAGAAUGUCGCGAAGAGGUAUAUGGAUGCUGUCCGCUCGCGGAAGGGGUUAGUCGUGCAGGGGCGCAAGUUGAUUGAUGCGGAGAAGCAGAAGACGUUGAAGAAGUAG